AUGGAAGUUCGCUGUAAGCUGUUCAUGGGCACGCUCAAAAAAGCUGCCCUUGAUUGGUUUAGUGGCCUCCCUAACCGAUCCAUCACCGACUUCGAUGUCUUCAGUCGGCUAUUCAUGGCACAAUUUACCGCUAACAAGAAGAAGCCACCAAUUACGUCGGACUUGUUCGACCUCAAGCAGCAGUGGGAGGAGUCACUGAAGGAUUUUUUGCAAAGGUUCAAUGAAGUCGCCCUGAGGAUAGCAUCCUUGGAUGAGAGGAUGGCUGUCAUCGCGUUCCAGAAGGGCUUAAGGUCUGGGGCCUUCGACAUCGCGCUGGAGAGAGCGAAUUGUCAAACGAUGUCGGAGGUGAGAGCGUUCGCCCUGAGUCACAUCAAGACGGAGGAAGGACAAAUUAACAAAAGGGCUGCUGAAAGCCGAGAGGAGGCAGGGGGAGGUAAUAAGGAGAGCAACAAACAUCUUCGACCGCGUUCAGAUUGGAAUAAGCGACAUGAUCGCUAUAAUGUGAAGGAGGCAAAUUACCGACAGGCCGAUCGGGGAGGUCGGCCAAGGGGCGAGUGGACACGUACCAACGACGAAGAGAUGUUUACCCCACUCAACGUCCCUAGGAGGCAGAUACUCCAUGAUGUCAACAGCGUAGCAUUGUUCGAAUUCCCAGCAGCGACGGAGCGCCAAUUGGGUCCCUUCAAGACCGACUGGUGUGAGUUUCACAGGACUCACGGACACUCUACGGAAAAUUGUUUCAUCCUUGGAAGACAGAUUGAACGCUUGAUCAAGGAGGGACGCCUGAAAAAGUUUGUGGCAAGAAAACAGGAAGAAGGCUCGUCAGAUAGGCGACACAGACGUGCACAGGACGACACAAGGAGGGAUGGGCGUAGGGAGAGAACUCCCCCCAAGGACACUCCAUCAAAAUCAUCGGAGGUCCAUCAGUAG